AUGACAUUUAACAUACGGCUUGAUCAUGGAGAGAAAAGGCCUUUUCUAUCACCUCCCACAAAGGAAGAUCCUUUUGAUCCGAAGCAAUUCGCAGAAGAGCAGCCGUGGUCUAUCAGGAAGUGGAAAAUAGCAGACACAAUAAGACUUUAUCUACCGGACGUGCUUGGCCUGCAGGAGCCUCUCAUUCAUCAACUGCGAGAUCUCGAAGUUUUGCUUCAUGAUGAGUACGAUUGGGUGGGUGUUGGUCGUGAAGACGGCGAAGAAAAAGGCGAAUUUGCUGCUGUAUUCUAUAAAAAACAAGUUUUAGCAAUAGAAGAUUGGAAAACCAUUUGGCUAUCAGAGGAGCCCAACGUUCCCGGAAGUCUUGGAUGGGAUGCAAGACAUCCUCGUAUAGCAACGCAGAUAACAUUUUUGAAGAAAGACGACGGCAUAAAUUUCACUAUAUUUAAUGCUCACUUUGACCAUAAAGGAGAGAGAGCAAAAGAGGAAGCAGCAAAACUGAUAUUGAAAAUAGCAAAAGAUGCCAGUAAAAUGGGACCAGUAUUUCUUUUAGGCGAUCUGAACUCAACUGAUAAAGAUCCAGCAUAUAUUACUUUGACAGGUGGACAGUACAACGACUUCAACGGAAAAAAUGAUACUCUGCUCAACAUUAAGAGAUUGAAUCAAGUAUGUGCAUCCGCUAUUUCUAGGCAAACCAAUGAACCUGUGCGUACGUCUGACGAACAUAUGACAUUACCUACACAUCGUGUGAUUCGUCCUGCAGAUAUACUUCAUCAUAUUAAAAAACCGGAAGCUGAAUCUUCCAAGGCGAACAUCUCGCAUUCUGAGAUCUUUUUCAGAGACGCACAGCACGAGUUGACCACCUUACUGGAAACAAAAGGUGCCGCGGGUGCUUUAAGCGGACCCUAUGGAUAUAGGAAUACUUUGACUAGUUUUGGCAUUGGAGAAGAAUAUAACCGCGCACCUAUCCGUAUUGACUUUAUUAUGCAUUUGCAAAGCGAAAAGUUUAAUGUCAAAACUCACCAUUAUGCCAUUCUCAGCAAUAGAUUUGAUGACGGUCUGUAUAUAAGUGAUCACCGCCCUGUGCUUGCUAGGGUUUCUUGGUGA